AUGAGUGUAUUUCACUCCUCUUCUGGAGAAAAUAGUCUCCUGCAUGCCUACUAUCAUGGAGAUAUCAUCAUUGGAGGACUUUUCCCCAUUCACUUAAAAACCAAUAGGACUAACACUUCUGGACCUCUCUCCUGUAGUGACUAUGACGUACAAAUGUUCCUCCGCAGUCAGGUAAUGAUAUACGCCAUCAGAAAAAUCAAGCUACCUAACAUCACCAUAGGAUACGACAUCUAUGACACCUGUGGAGAUGUCAGUCUCGCUGUGAGAGCAACUCUUGAGCUGCUGAAGAAUCAGUCAGACCCACAAAGCUGUUUAUUACCAUCAGAGCCCCAAAUGAAGGUGGUGAUUGGAGAAAGGUACUCGGAAGUAUCGAUAGCUGUAGCACGAAUUGUUGCUCUGUCAUCAGUUGCCCAGAUUAGUUAUGCAUCAACUAGUAAGUUUCUCAGCAACAGGUUCAAGUUUCCCACUUUUCUGCGAACAGUGCCGAGCGAUAAAUAUCAGACAAGAGCUAUUGUUGAGCUGGUGAAGACAUUUCUUUGGCAAUCAGUGAUUAUUGUGGGAAGUGAUGAUGAGUAUGGAUUGUUUGGUAGUGAUAGCCUUGAAGACACCUUCAGCCAAGACACAAACAUCUGUGUUGAAUUUGUUCAAAUCUUGUCAGCUGAUUUUAUGACAAACAACUCUCAGACCCAAACUGAGCUGAUUAAACUACUGGAAAAAAUAAAAAACUCCUCUGCUGAGGCCAUCAUCCUCUUCACAAAGGACACUAAUGCAGAAAUCAUCCUGGAAGCAGCUAUUAAACACAAAGUUAACAGAACGUGGAUUGCAAGUGAUGCAUGGUCCAGCUCUCCAAAGAUCUCUGCAAUGCCAGGCAUCGAGCUGGCAGGAGAAGUUUUUGGGUUCAUAUUUAAGCAGAAAGAGGUGCCUGGCUUUAAAGACCAUGUCAUGUCGAUGUUUAAUGGAACUGAAAACGCCCUUCUCGAAGAUUACCUGACGCAGAAUCCACUUUGUUCAAAUCAGUCUGAAGAAGAAAGACAAUGUCUGAAACCGAGUUUCUUGGCUUCUUACAUCGACCAGGAUGAAUCUUAUAGGAUCUAUUUAGCUGUUCAAGUCAUUGGUGAGGGGCUCAGACGCUUGCUGAAGUGUGGCCGCCACCAGUGUGAACAUAGCCCCAAAUUCACAACCUCAGAGCUUCUCUCAGAAAUCCAAAGAGUCAACUUUAAUGUGAGCACCACACACGUAUCCUUCAAUAGUGAUGGAGAUCCUAGGGUGGGAUAUGAUAUCGUAUACUGGAACAAGUCUGAAUUCAAACAGGGUGCAAAAAUAGAAACUAUUGGAAAAUACAGUCCAGAUGGAAAAAAUAAAAUCAUGGUGUCCGCUUACAGCUGCUCAAAAAUCUGUGGAGCAGGAUACGAGUUUCAAUCAGAGGGUUCAGACUGUAAACCCUGCUGGCAAAUGCAAUAUUCGUCUGACAAGUUGGAUCGGUGCUUGAACAAAAGAGUUGAGUUUCUCCCGUGGUCCAAUCCUUUCUCGGUCAUCCUCUGUUCUCUGGCAGCCACUGGGAUCAUUGUUACUGUUGUCUUUGCUGUCCUGUUUGCAAUCAAUCUUGGAACUCCCGCUGUGAAGGCAGUCGGAGGUUAUAUGUGUUUCCUUGAGCUUCUAUCCCUGCUGGCCGGCUUCUGCCUUACGUUCACUUUCAUUGGCAAACCUACUCAGAACUUAAACUGCGUAGGUUUGCCGCUCUUUGGUAUAGUCUUUACCCUCUGCAUCUCUUGCAUUCUGGCCAACUUGUUUCAAAUCUUGUUGGGCUUCAACUUUGAUCUGACGAUUGGGCCCUGGAUAAAGAAGCUAAAUCAACCACUGGUGCUGGUGACUGUUGUCUCUGGGAUCCAGGUGGCCGUGUCAGUGUCAUGGCUGAUCUUCAACCCACCCAUUCCUCAAGAGAUCCCAAUGCGCAAAACUACCCUGUACCAGUGUGAGAUGACGUCCUUUGAGUACUUUUCAGCCAUGUUAGUCUACAAUGGCUGCUUGGGCCUUACUUGUUUCUUUUUUGCAUUCAAAGGUAGACAGCUGCCAGAUUUGUAUAAAAAUGCUUCUUUAAUCACUAUCAGUACGAUGCUGUUUAUGGUUAUCUGGAUUAUCUUCCUCCCACUUUAUCUCACCAUGUCAGGGAAGUACAAACCAGCAAUAGAAGGUGCAGCUAUCCUUACUUCCUGCUUCAGCAUCCUCUUCAGUCACUUGGCUCCCAAGUGUUAUAUUAUCUUGUUCAGGAAAGAGCUUAACCAAGAGAGCGCCAUCACUGAGUACAUUAGGAAGCAUUAUGAGCGGAAGGGCUUACCUGUGAUUGGCUCACGACACUGA